AUGGCGGUGCGGAGAAACCCGCACCCAUUUUUUGGUCUCUUAGAACCCGACUUUGGAGGCGCCAUUGCUGGGGCAGACUACAGGAUGAAUACAUAUACUUCACUCAGGGCUCCUCAGGCCUUGAAGCACGUCUGCCGUCAGCCUGUUUGUAUACGCCAGUUUUCGAGCGGUCCUCCUCCAAACAAGACACCAUCAGCGCAGGCGAACGAGACUACAUCGCCAUCUGGAGAGAAACCCUUACCUGCAAGUCAGAACAAAUCCGGGUCAAUCCCUGAGACCAAGACUAAGUUCACAGGUGGAAAAGCCGCAUCGACGGUGGAUGGAAAUAAAGCUUCUUCGGUACAUGAGCAGGAAUCCACAUUGACGGGUGAAAAGGAGACUCCGUCGGCCGAUGUGGUGGAUUCGUCCUCAACCGGUCGUAAUGUUAAGAAGGGAACGAGUGCUGCGUCCCAUGCACUUCCGAGAAACAGAGCAAGAAGCUUUGCCUCGGUGCGCUUAGGACCUCUGGGGUCGAAGACGACUCGCUAUGGAGAGUUGUAA